GAGAGACGUGCCUACAGCUGCAGUUCUACUGGGAACCUUCUGCUUUUAUACACGAUUAUGGCUCUGAGGAGUUGCUGGCUGUUUGGGAUCUUGUUGCUUUAUUUAAGAUCAGUAAAAGGUGAAGAAAAAGACAUUUUUAUGAACGGGACUAUUAAUCGUAAUAUCACACUGCCAUCUGCCCCAUUUGAGUCUAUGGGUGAAUGGUUCUUCUAUGGACAAGUCAAGGACUUGAAAACAGAAAACAAAAAGUCCUUGUUUUACACUGAUAAUAAGUUUCCUGACAAGUUGCAUAAUGCAACCAACACUAGAGUGCGCCCAGGGGCCAAUGGGUCCCUUGUUAUUAAAUAUCUGUGCAAGGAGGAUGAAGGUUUGUACCUAUUUGAGUAUGACGACAGCAAGAGAUACAUCCACCUCUCACUGUUUGAUGAGGAACAAAAGAACAUUACUGGGAACAGUACGGAUCUCGGAAUAAGCCCCAUUACCACAAGCAGUGCCGCAGGUAAUCAAUAUAAAUGGAAAAUCUGGAUUAUGAUUGCCGUGUGUUGUGCAGGUUGCUGUUUAGUGUUUGCAGGUUUAUUUUGGCUGAAGAAAAGAAGAAACUUAAAGAAGGCAGAGAAUAAAGAACAAGAAGAAAGAGAACAAAACAAAAGGAAUCUGGAUAUUGAAACUGGAAAUAACAACGGACCUGCGGGAAAGAAAGACAUUGCUACUUUAGAUGCCUGCAAGAUGGAGACAGAUUUGAUAAAGAACAUUAAUAUUAUUAAAAGAGAUGAUAGAGAUGAUAAGGACGAGGAAGAUAUGGCAGAGGUUCCUCUUCUGGAAGGACAGAAUCAAAAAGAUCCUGAUUUAAAGGACAGCACAACGGAGGCUGAAGACACAGAACUGAAUAUUGACCAAGAAAGUCUGGCCCUGGGCUGCAGUGAUACAGACCAAACCAAUGUAGAUCCUAUGAUAUAUGAUAAUAGAGAAUAUAGCCCUGAUAUAAAUAAUGGGGAUAAAGAUGAUAUAAACCAUAGCCCUAAUAUCACAGAUAACUGUAAUAUAUCUGAGGAUCCAGGUAUAUUAGAUACAACUGGAGAAAAUCAAACUAAACACAUAAUAUGUAAUGGUGAGGGCACUAAAAUAAAUGCUAUUAAAUUUAAUAUAAAAGAAGAGACAAUAGAAUUAAUGGCCAGCUACCCAGCAGAAAAUGAGGGUAACUCUGGCAUUAAUAUUCCUAAUAGAAAUCUUAGUUCUUUUUAAACCAAGUCCAGUGAUGAUGAUUCGGGACCUCAGGAAGGUGCUGUUUCACCAUUUACAAAAACUUGAAUUCAGGAUAAAAUAUUUUUUUUUACAUUUACCAAAGCAUGUGCUGAGUUUUUAAAUCAAGCACAAUUGCCCUAUACUUACCAUCUGCAGGGCGGAUUUGUGCCUGACCAUGACCCUGACUAAUCUUGAGAAAGGGGCAUUAGACUCAUAGCACCAAUGGCAUUUAUCAUCCACACAGCUACAUAAUAACAUAGUGAUUUAGCUUGAACAAAGACACAUGUCCAUCAAGUUCAACCUUAAGUCUAUAUAUAACCUGCCUAACUGCCAGUUGAUCCAGAGGAAGGCAAAAAACCCAUUUGAAGCCUCUCCAAUUUGCCUCAGAGGGAGAAAAAUUCCUUCCUGACGCAAUGGACGCAAUGCAAUGGGACCAGUCCCUGGAUCGAUUUGGAUCAGUUCUAUAAGCAGCAAUGCCAUUGGUCAUAGGGUCCUAUAUAAUCAUAAACAUUUCUUUGAAAAUGAUUUGCUUUAUCUCUGUAAUAAUAAUAAUCAGAUAAUACUUAAUAAUUAAUUGUAAACUUAAUGAUCAUAUAUCUGCAUGUGUUAUAUGGCUUGGAUGUUUUUUUAAAAAAAAUUUUUUUGAUGUUUUCUGAGAUAUAUUUUUAUAGAGAUGACUCCUGCCAUGAUGAUGUUGUUUAAUUUUCUUUCGUUAGAUAUAAAUCAGAAUGGAAAAUAAUGAGCCUGAUUUAUGUAUGAUGUGAUUAUAUAAGACUGAAAUAAAACAUGUUCAUACGUUAA